GCGUGGACCGCGAGAUUGUAUAUUUAUGGCGGGCAAUGAAGUUGGACCUCAAAGUCACAGUGACAGGCACAUUCCUUAAUUCUUAUCUUCUUAGCAAUGGCCUCUGCGAGAGAAGUAAGCAUUGAUUUGUUCUUGUUAUUAUUAUUCCUCUUUGUUCAACAUUCCUCAUCCAUGGCGGAAGAUCCCGUUCCCGCCGAUUGGCCGGAGCAGUUCCACUCAGUGCUGUUCAUCAACCGAAGCGGGUCUCUCCAGAAAACGGACCUAUGGUACGACUGGCCCAACGGCCGCAACUUCAACAUCAUCCAACACCAACUCGGUGUCCUCAAGUACGACCUCGAGUGGGACAAUGGCACAUCCUUUUACUACACCCUCCAACCCUUCGACAAAACCUGCAAAAUUAUCCAUUUCGAGGUCGGCAUUCUCCGUCCUGAUUGGCUCCACGGUGCCACCUACCUAGGCCAGGAGUACGUCGACAAUUUCCUCUGCAAUGUCUGGGAGAAAGUUGACUUCAUCUGGUACUACGAGGAUGUCCUCACUCGCAGACCCGUCAAGUGGAUCUUCUACUCCGGGAUGGUUGCUCAUGUGAUGACAUUUGAGGUUGGUGCGGUGCUGGAGGAUGAAAACUGGCAGGCUCCUGUCUACUGUUUUAACGAAACGAGUACGGCCCUCUUAGAUUCACAAGAUGCUUCUUCUCAUGGGAUGUUAAUGAGAGAGAUACCGCGUUCUUCAUAUUCUAACUAAUCGUGACAAUGGAGUAUGUUCUUUAUGUUUUAAAGAGAGAAAGUAACACGUAUGGUAAGAAAAUAAGAGAGAUAAAAAAAAUGUGGUGGAAAUAAGAUGGAAGAGAUGUAUGAAUGUAAUUGCUCUUUUAUAAUUUAUUUCUUUAUUUAGUUAUGAGUAUGUUUUAAUGUUAAUAUAAAUCAAGAUUAUCGUUUUA